AUUCACCGUCUACAUUCCUCGUAUUGAGAUCUCAAGGGCACACCUACCGUGCUCCUGAAUCGGUUUAGGUCCGACUUGAAACUUCAACUGUCGGCCGAUCACGUUUUUUCGUUUCAAUAGUACAAUCCUGGUACUGCAUGCUUUCAUCAGCAACAAGGACAGACAGCCAUUAGCUCUUCUUUCCCGUCGUCCAGGACUCCAAGAGCGGGAAAUAUGCCAAAACUUGCUGACGAGACUUCAUCGCUCCUCAGAAUGUCUCCCAACGAACAGGAUACCACAUCAGAGGUUCGGGACAGCGAGAAGAUGGAGAAGCGACCGCUGUGGCUCAGGAUAAUCAAUCCAAGACUGACGAAUAAGCCUUGGAGAUUGUUUGAGAUAUUGGAUUUCCAUAUGUGUGUAAGCAUGGCUCAGUCUGGGUAACUCGCAUUAACAGCCUUCACGUGUUCCUGGCUUUAUUCGUCGCAGGUGUCAAGCGAUUCUCUCCGCUGCUUGGGUCCACAAAGUGCCUAUCUUUCAAAAGGUUUCGCCGGCGGAGCUAGCUGCAGCUGUCGUAUUAAGAGCGCUCGAAGACAUUGGCAACCUCGAGAGUAACAAUAUAGCCGUGGUCGAGUUCUGCUCUGGCGCCGGAGGCCCUACGCCGACCAUUGAGAGGCUCGUAAAUGAGAAUCGAGUCGCUCGUGGCAAGACGCCCAUUAAUUUUAUCAUGUCAGAUUUGCAUCCCAAUAUAGACUCAUGGAUGGAGACCUGCUCUUAUAGUCAAGGCUAUCUCAGCUACAUACCGCAGUCUGUCGAUGCUACAGACCCUCCCAUGUCAGUCAUAAGCACUUCCGCCAAAAGAUCUCGUACUGCCGAGGGUUUCCAGUCGGAUUCCAAAAUAUUUCGGCUUUACUGUCUCUCUUUCCAUCACUUCGAUGAUAGAUUGGCAAAGAAAGUGCUUGAGAGCACUAUGGAAACCGCGGAUGGAUUCGCAAUCAUCGAAUUGCAGGAUCGCUUCUUGAGCUCGUUUGCUCUGAUGCUUGGGCAUAUCCCACUGAUAUAUGUGACAUCGAUCUUCCGGUACUACCGGGACAUAUGGAUGCUCAUUCUCAUAUACGUGUUGCCAAUCGUGCCGAUCAUCAAUACAUUUGAUGGAUUGGUGAGCUGUCUCAGGACGCGAAGUUUCAAAGAAGUCAUGGCCUUGAUUGGAACCGUGCCUCAAGAACGAGGCAGCUCUCGGUUCGAAAAAAUUGCAUUCAAAGACGAUUGGGUAUUCAGGUCAGCAUACGAGAUUCAUUCGAGACCUGUUGGGUACAUGAAUUGGAUCGCAGGGCAUCGAAGGAGCGAUAUGAUGCAUCAACAGCACAGCUCGACCCCAGUACACGAGUAGCCUAAAUGUUGGAGGGAAGAAAAAGAACGGUGCAUGAGCACUCCUUAGAACAUCCCAAAUGACUGCGUGCGUAAUGAUCAAUCUAUGUACUGACUCAUGGCCGAUUUUGGCACUAUGAUCCGUCUGCAUGUACGCCGAUGUUGUUAUAAUGACGUUAGGUUGGAAGACAUCCACAUCAAAUGUAGGUAGCCAGUGACAUCCGAAAUAUGAUUUCGAGUUGGGGUGAACCCUAUGUUGAUUUCUCAUUGGCAUGGCGAUAGAUCUGAUCAGGCACGCACAUCUGCAGUCAUUUCAAUUCUUAAAAAAAAUGAGGUCUAGAAUCAAAC